CGGGCUGGGCGAGCAGGCGGGUCGCUGGUUGAGAAUCCAUGUGGCGGGGGCUGUGGACCCUGGUAGCCCGGGCGGCACGUGGGCCUCGCAGUCCCAGACCGUGCACGCGCCAGGGCAGUGGAGCCCCGGCCCCCGGUUCCGGAGCCACUAUCUUCGCGCUGAGCUCCGGCCAAGGCCGCUGCGGCAUCGCGGUGAUCCGAACCAGCGGCCCCGCCAGCGGCCAGGCCCUCCGGAGCCUCACGGCGCCCCGGGACUUACCCCCGGCCCGCAAAGCCUGCCUGCGCCUGCUCAGCGACCCCCGCUCUGAGGAGCCUUUGGACCGCGCGCUGGUGCUUUGGUUCCCGGGUCCCCAGAGUUUCACGGGUGAGGAUUGCGCGGAGUUCCACGUGCAUGGAGGCCCGGCUGUGGUGAGUGGUGUCCUGCAGGCCCUGGGCAGUGUGCCAGGGCUGCGGCCUGCGGAGGCAGGCGAGUUCACCAGGAGGGCGUUCGCCCACGGGAAGCUGAGCCUGACCGAGGUGGAGGGGCUGGCGGAUCUGAUCCAUGCAGAAACCGAGGCACAGCGGCGACAGGCCCUGAGGCAGCUAGAUGGGGAGCUGAGCCAUCUCUGCCGCGGCUGGGCCGAGACCCUCACUAAGGCUCUGGCCCACGUGGAGGCCUAUAUCGAUUUUGGUGAGGAUGACAACCUGGAGGAGGGCGUCCUGGAUCAAGGUGGGUCUGCCUGGGGGGGCGGAGGUGGGGACAUCUGGCAUCUCAGCCCUCAGAGGCUUCCUUACUCCCUCUCCUUUCCUCCAUCCACAGCUGACAGUGAAGUGCGGGAGCUGGAGGUGGCACUGGGCGCACAUCUUCGAGAUGCCAGGCGCGGACAGAGGCUCCGCUCAGGGGCUCACGUAGUGGUUGCGGGACCUCCCAACGCCGGCAAGAGCAGCCUAGUGAACCUGCUUAGCCGGAAGCCUGUGUCCAUCGUGUCCCCGGAGCCGGGGACCACCCGAGAUGUGCUGGAGACCCCCGUGGACCUGGCCGGGUUCCCGGCGCUGCUGAGCGACACGGCGGGGUUGCGGGAGGGCGUGGGGCCUGUGGAGCAGGAGGGCGUGCGUCGCGCCCAAAAAAGGCUGGAGCAGGCUGACCUCAUCCUGGCCGUGCUGGAUGCUUCUGACCUGGCCUCUCCGUCCAGCUGCAACUUCCUGGACACCGUUGUCAUCCCUGCGGGAGCCGGGAGCCCAAAUGGGAGCAGCCAGCGCCUCCUGCUGGUGCUGAAUAAGUCGGACCUGCUGCCAGCUGGGGGCCCAGACCCCAGUCCUGACCUGCCCCCUCACCUGUUGCUGUCCUGCCUGACUGGCGAGGGGCUGGAUGGCUUCCUGGAAGCACUGAGGAAGGAGCUGGCUGCAUUGUGUGGGGACCCAUCCACAAGCCCACCACUUCUGACACGGGCGAGGCACCAGCAUCACCUCCAGGGCUGCCUGGAUGCCCUUGGCCACUACAAGCAGGCGAAAGACUUAGCCCUGGCGGCCGAAGCACUUCGGGUCGCCCGAGGGCACCUGACCCACAUCACUGGUGGAGGGGGCACCGAGGAGAUCCUGGAUAUCAUCUUCCGAGACUUCUGCGUGGGCAAGUGAGGGGGCGGCCAAAGCUCAGACCCAGGCUGGGUGGACACCCAGAAGCCUUGAGGCAUCUGGGAACAGCUUAGGCCAAGUGGGAGUCUCAGCCCCUAGGGGAAGAACUUGACCCCAAACGGUGAAGCCUCUGUUGCUGGUUGUGACCAAGCUACAGCUGUCCAGAUUCCCUAGCAGGGACUUGCUGGGGGUUCAGGCCCAGGAGUGGGGCUGAAAGGAGGUCUCUUUUGGCACCUGAUGCUGGGGGACUAGGAGU